ACACGAGCAUUAAGCUCACUGCACUGAAGAAAGCACAUCGCCUUCAUUUUGCCUCAAACUUCGUUCCAAAUUCUUUACGCGUAGCAGGGUUGAAGUAUAUCCCUGACAGGAUAUAUGAAGGAACAGGAGCAGCUGGGAUGAAGUCAGCCGAAAGCUCUGCUGGAAGCAUGAUUCGCUCCUUCAUAUAUUCCUGAUUGCCUGGGAGGGGACGGCGUGUUUCCUCUGCAGGACGCUGCUGACUGCAGGAAAGUAAAGGGCCUCCAGUGGCUCAGCAUGGAUGUGGUGGGAGAAAAUGAGGCCUUGCAGCAGUUCUUUGAAGAGCAAGAUGUUCAUAGAGCCUUGGAGAACCCCGUGGUGGAUACCAGUAUGUUGGAAGAAUUCCUCAGCAGUGACUUAGAGUUUGGAACCUUGCAAAGACAGUUGCCGGACUCUCCACCAGACUCUGGGUCAGAAGCAUAUUCUCCACCACAGCUCAAGACCCCGUGGGGUGAUGCUACGUUGCCAAGUGGGCAGCAGUCUCCAUUCCCAUGUCCAUCGGCUGUGGCACCCAGCAAGCUUCCCUACAGAUUCCUGGAGACUUCUUCUGACCCCAAUAGCAGUGGACAUCCUUGCAGCAUUCCCCAGGGCUGCAGUAUGAAGAGAGAUAAUGCUGUGACUCCAUGGAAUGACUCUACAUCCUCCAACUCUUUGGGUUUUAAUUAUUCAUACUUUCAGCCAAAUGUAUCUCAGAUUUAUAGCACUCCCACAGCAUCAGGCAUAAAAAGGAAGCUCUCACAGUUGCUUGGAGAUACCACCGAUCCUCAAGUCUGGUGCAACAACUCCAGUCAAGCAGUUCUCAAGGACUGUGCUGCUGAAGUGCAAGAAUAUGACAGUGAUGGACAGAAUGCAGCUUUGGAAAAAUGCUGCCAAGCUCUAACAUGGCAACUAUAUCAAACUUCUCAGUGGAACAGCUUAGUGAACUCUAAUUAUGAAAAACUACCUGCUGUAGGAUAUCACAUUGUCACAGACAAAGGAUUUAAUUUUUCAGCAACAGAUGAUGCCUUUGUGUGCCAGAAGAAGAAUCAUUUCCAAAUCACAGUCCAUAUUAGAAUCACUGGUCAUCCAAAAUAUGUCAAAACUCAGCUGGGGGUGAAACCAAUAGAGAAGUUUUACUUGAAAGCUUUUGGAAUAAGGAUGGAAGCUCCAAAUCAAACAAUUGCUAUUGAGCAGUCUCAGUCAGAUCGAAGUAAAAAAACUUUCUAUCCUGUUAGAGUUGAUCUGCCAGGGGAUCAGAUAACUAAAGUGACAUUGGGAAGGCUGCAUUUCAGUGAAACGACAGCAAAUAAUAUGAGAAAAAAGGGGAAACCUAAUCCUGACCAAAGAUACUUCAUGCUGGUGGUUGGACUUUAUGCUGUCUCUCAGGACCAAUUCUACUUGCUGUCUGCAAAUAUCUCUGAAAAGAUCAUUGUAAGGGCAUCUAACCCAGGGCAGUUUGAGAACGACAGUGAUGUGUUGUGGCAGCGAGGACAUGUUCCAGAGACAGUAGUCUGUCACGGUCGAGUAGGAAUUAACACAGAUGCACCAGACGAAGCACUGGUUGUCUGUGGAAAUGCAAAAGUUAUGGGCAGAGUCAUGCAUCCAUCUGACAGCCGAGCAAAAGAGAAUAUCCGGGAGGUCGAUACAAAUGAGCAGUUGAGAAGAAUAACACAAAUGAGGCUGGUGGAAUACAACUACAAGCCUGAAUUUGCAUCUGUUAUGGGAAUAGAAAAUACUCAUGAAACAGGAAUAAUAGCACAGGAAGUGAAGGAACUUUUACCUCAGGCUGUUAGAGAAGCUGGAGAUGUCGCUUUUAAUAACGGCGAAAAAAUAGAAAACAUCCUCAUGGUUGACAAGGAUCAGAUCUUCAUGGAAAACGUAGGUGCAGUAAAACAGCUUUGCAAACUAACCAACAACCUUGAAGUCAGAAUAGAAGAAUUGGAACAGUGGAACAGAAAACUGGCCAGGCUGAAACGGUUAAGCAGUUUAAAGUCAACAGUCAGUGAAAGGAGCACAGUCAGCAGUUGUAGUCGAGUCACUAGUCUCUUGCCAUCGAGAAAAUCAGUCCAGCCAAAAUCCAGCAAGGUUUGUAUAUCGAAGAGGAAAGAGUCUUGCUCCAGGAAGAUUUUCCGGGUGACUAUAUUAGCUUUGGUUGCUGUUAUGGCACUAUGUGCUUUGACAAUAUCGACCCUUUACGUACUUAGCAUCCAUGACAAAUAUCUUGAGAAACAUGUUUCCAGCAAUACCUCAAGUUCUGUUGUACUCUUUCCCUCUACCACUACAGCAGCAUUACAGGAAAGCACAAUUUCUCAGAGCACACAAACCGUCAACGGGAUUCCUGAUGUGAACUUCUGUGAUCUUUUGCCUUGUGACAAGGUUUAUUGUUGUCCAAUUCAUCAAGCAAUGGUCAAAUAUCAAAGUUAUGAGGAAACCAAUUCAGAGAGGACACGAAACAAAUGUGAUGUGCUGCUUGGAGGAAAUGCUGAUGGGAGACCUGAUCUUGGAACUGAUUGGAUUGAUACAACGAUCAGAUCCGUACAGAUUUUGGAAACACAGCAACUAAUUGACAGUCGCUAUUGUAGUAGAAAUCUACAGUGCAGGUCUGGAAAUUACAGCUGUAGUAUUCCCAUUAGCAAGUACACACCCAUAAAUGUGGAAAUCUCACUGGAAAUCAACACAACAGAACCAUUAAUUAUAUUUCUCUGCAAAAUCACAUUUGGAAAUUAUUGCUCCUAUUAUUCUUCAAGACGAAACAGUGUGAAAAAUUUCCAAGAAACCACACAGGGACGUCAGCAUAUUUGGACUCUCCCAGUCGCUAGGCUGUAUGACAGCGCUUACUAUUUCCGCGUAGCCGCACCGGGUCUUGUGAGCUGCUCAACAGAUCCUUAUUAUGCUGGAAUUUUUUUUACUGAUUACUACUUCUAUUUUUAUCGGAAGUGUAACUAAAAUGUUGCUGAUCACUCUGUACUUUGGAAAAAAGAAAAAAAAUGAAGUUCUUGAUAUGAAAAAGAGACUUGUGUAUGGCCCUGGAUUUUUAUAAGCGUUUUACUGAGUUGUAUGCCAUUUUCUUGUUUGUUUUGCUUUUAAAUUAAAGAAAAAUAAAAUUUUUGACAACAACUGUAGUUCUACAUUUCCAGGAACUGUUUCUAAAAGGUCAUGAGGCAAUAGAGUACAUGACGUAUAAACAAAUAAUCCCAUCCAUCUUAGUGCAGUUGCAUGAUAGUAUACAUACAGCAGACAAAAACAAAUGGGUGGGAGCUCUGCUGAACUGGGAUAUACUCCAGCCUUCAGAAGAUGGUAAGAUAAUAAAAUGUUACUUGCAGUUAGAAGGCGUAAUUCUGUCCUGCAGCAAUUUAAGUUCUCUUAGUACCUGCUGCCUUUUGUUUGUACAUAAACCUACUUCUUCUCCAGAACCUAACAAAAUUUCCAGGGAGAAGUGAAGCGCUGCGCAAAUGUCCUCUAAAUUAAAUGCUGUAAAUUGAGUAACAGCAGUUUGAUUCCACUGUGUGUAAAUAUUUCCAUCUCAGAAAGUAGGCUCUCGUUACCACUACAGUUGUGUGACUUAACAAAGCUGCAGCUGUUUGGAUGAGAUGUGUUUCAGGUAACUUUUCUUUAAAACAUUACAGCAGAAAUGAACUGCUUACUCCUAAUUUUCUUGGUGGUUGUGAUUUGUGCUAGUGUGAUGAAAGAAGAGAAAUAUUUGAGAAGAAUAAUGACUUGCCUGCACAGCUUUCCAAGAUGGAUGUGGAUACACACUUGCAUGGGAAAAAGUCAAAUGCAAUUUCACAUUAGUUGCUCAGACAAAAGGAGCACAGAUGGAAUAACCAAAAACAGUAUGAGUAGUGAUGUGGGACAUGCCUAGAACAACCAACCGUUCAUUUUGUGUGGAGAAGGGAAAAUAAAUUUAAUGGUGAGACUGUAGGCUUUCUAAGAUUUAUAAUGUAAAAGUUAAUGUGUGGGCAACCUUGCUCUGCGUGAGCUUCUUUAUUUAGUGGUGGAAAGGAAACAUGAGGAAGAAAAAUUAAUCUCUGAAUAUGAGCUAACCAUAGUCUUUGUAAACACCAAUGCAUCUUAAUUGCAUAUUUCUUGCCUGACAAAGUGAUGGCAGAGUUUAAUUUGUUUCUGUUUCUAUGGCUUCAUUUGCUAUUUCCUUUGUCAGUGUUUCUGGAUUUCCUUUAAGAGUGAUCUUCUUACUGAUUUUUUUAGUUUUAUGUGUUUCUGUUAGUGGUUAUUUUUUUUUUAGCUUGGGAAGUAUUUACAAAGCAGAUGACAUGUUCUGUUGUACUUUGAAUCUUCAAAUCCAAAAGCAUCGUUUGUUUGUGCCUGUAGCUUUUUAUGGUCCGUGCUUGACAGCAAUUCCUAAGAAACAUCACCCAGUCUCAGAUGAACAAUAAUGCUGUGUGCAUUUUGAAAGAAAAUACAGAUUGAUUUUUCCAAAUGAAAAAUGUGG